CAGCGGCAGACAUACCUGCUUUUGGCACUUCUGCAAUCUCUGUAGGCUCUCAGAUCUGACAUCAUGGUGCAUUUUACUAGUGAGGAGAAGGCUGCUAUCACUAAUGUGUGGAGCAAAAUAAAUGUGGAGGAGGCUGGAGGCGAGGCGCUGAGCAGGCUUUUGGUCGUCUACCCCUGGACACAGAGGUUCUUUGACAACUUUGGCAACCUGUCUUCUUCCUCUGCCAUAAUGGGCAACCCUAAGGUCAAAGCUCAUGGCAAGAAGGUGCUGACCUCCUUUGGAGAUGCUAUUAAGAACAUGGACAACCUCAAGGGCACCUUUGCUAAGCUGAGUGAGCUGCACUGUGACAAACUGCAUGUGGAUCCUGAGAACUUCAAGCUCCUGGGCAACGUGCUAGUGAUCAUCCUGGCUUCUCAUUUUGGCAAGGAAUUCACCUCUGAUGUGCAGGCAGCUUGGCAGAAACUGGUGGCUGGAGUUGCCAAUGCUCUGGCCCACAAGUACCACUGAAUCCUCUUUCCAGUUCACCAGUGCCCACUUUCCUUCUGAAAAUGGGAUCUGGGGUUUGGUCUUGAUAGCACAUCUUCUGUUUAAUAAAGUACAUUCUAUCCAGUAAUCAUAAGUUA